AUGUUCCGCUUGGCUCUUCCUCUUCUUGUCCUCGUCGCCAUUGUGAGUUUUCUUUCUCAUUAUUAUCCCAAUUCUCCUUUUUCUUGUUUCAAUCUAUUUUUGUUGAUCAUACCGUGGAAAUUUUUCUAAAGUUGAAUAUUGUACACGAAUUCGAAAUCAUUAGGCCAAAUGCACAAAUUAGAAAGUUAAAACUGUGGUAUUCUAAGCACGCAGGUUUUAAAUUCUUGAACUCUAAAAGGCAUCAAGAUUUUUAGCUUCAUCGUUAGAACUUUAAAAAAAUAUUGUCUCAAAAGUUCGAUCAUAAACUUAAAUUUCUGAUUUUACAACUUUUUUUUUUUUUCUCCGUUUUUCCUUGUGAAAAAUUUUUAAAAGCUUAUAGCCUGAUUUUUCAUGAAUUAUUUGGUGUGCUGUUUUUUUGCAAGAAAAAGUUUGUAUUUUUUUCGUGUUUUUUUAAUCGUAAAUCUGCUUUUGAGCUGAAUUUCUCCCCCCAUUCUUUUUGUUUUUCAAAAUUAAAGACCUGUAACCUUUUAAAGGCGUUCUCGGCUCCUACUGGAGAUCGUGAAAAGCGACAAGCUUGUUGCCCUCAACAACAGCCAUCGUGUUGUCAGCAGCAGCAGCCUGCUUGCCAAUGUCAACAAGGUGAGCUCGUAGAACUCCAUAAACGUGAAUUUGAUGAAUUUUUACUUUUCUCAGCUCCGGAACCGGUCUCAUGCUGUCAAACCACGGUUGUCAACGUGCAGAUCCAACAACAAGCCCCACAACAAGCUCCUUGUGAAUGCCAGGUAAUUACGUCAAACUUAUGUUCUAAAAAAUGUUGAUACCUGCAUCUAUAAUACCUACAAACUGGCAGACAAAAAAACUCCAGAAACGUCAAUUUAAACUUAAAAAAAUUAUACUUAUAGAAUUUUUUUAUCCGAGUCGUCAUUAUAUUGUUUAAAAUGAAAGUUGUUUUGACACUCCGUUCACUCCUGAUUUCAAAAUAACAUCAUAGAGACGUUCGAAACUUUACAGUUUCAGUUUCCACUGCGCUUUUGAGAACUGUCAUCUCAAGCCGGAUAAAAUUUGAUCCUUCCCAGAAAUGAAGUUUUCUUUCGCUUACUUUAUCAUUUUUUGAUUUCUAAGCUUGCUAGACGAAGUAAUACUUGAAAAUUUGUGAAUCAAAAUGCAAUCAAAUGAAAUUUUUUCAGCAGCAACCGUCUUGCGACUGCCAACAGCAGAGUCCGUGCGCUUGCCAGGUAAACAUUUCCUAAGGGCAUACAAUCAAGCAUUCGAACUCAGGCUCAGCAGCCGGCAUGUGAUUGUCAGCCGCAGCGAACUCCCUGCUGCCAACAGCAACAGCAGGUUUUUUUUUCGUAGAAUUUUUUUCAUUUGAACAUCUCAGCUUCAGUUCGUAACUUUAAGCCCCAACAUAUGAAACUUGUGGGAAAAUUUAUGAAAAAAUUUGUUGAAUGUAUGAAAACAGAUAUGUUUCCUAAUGGUUGAUAAAAAUCUUUUCCAGCCUGCUUGCGAUUGCCAGCCUCAACAGACUUCUUGCUGUCAGCAGCAACAACAGGUUAUUUUUUUAUUUCCACUUUUUUUUUCAAUCAUGCUGAGGUUGAAGAAUCUUAAUUCAAAACUAAGUUUCGAUUAGGCUCAAAAUUUUGGGAGCACAACAGCGGGUUAAAAACUGAAAAAUAAUUCAAGUUAUUAUUAAGCCAAGGACUUAUUAUUGAAUCUCUUCUGAUUCAUGCUCUUUUAUAAAACAAAGCAAUUGAUUUUCAGCCUGCUUGCGAUUGCCAGCAGAACCCCACUUGUGUGACGUGCAUCCAGAUCGAAAUUGUCCAGCAGGUAAAAUUUAGAGUGAAAAUUUUGAGAGUAAAAUUCGAAAAUAAUUCGCAGCAGCCAGCCUGCGAUUGUCAGCAGCCCCAACAAGUUCCUUGCUGCCAGCAAGCUCAGGUAACUCUCGUAAAGGUGAAAAUGAUUAGAUACGAUUUCCAGCCUGCUUGUGACUGUCCACCAGCCCAGGCUCCGUCAUGCUGCCAACAGCAAGCUCCUGCCUGCGAUUGUCAAGGUAAAUUAUUACCUAAUCAUCUUUUUUCAAUCUCUUUUUUCAGUUCAACAAGCUCCAGUUCAACUAAACUGCUGCCAACAAGCCCAGGUAGCUCAUUAAUGCUUUGAGUUUUUGAGAAAAAAAAUUAAGCCUUCGUGCGAUUGCCAGCAACCUCAACAAGCUCCUUGCUGCCAACAAGCUGAGGUACCAUAGAAAUUUUGGAAAUUCACCCAACUUUCCAUUAAGCCAUCUUGCGCCUGUGAGCAGCCUCAACAAGCUCCUUGCUGUCAACAAGCUCAGGUUGGCUCAAACUUCUGAAAACGAGAAAGCAAAGACAUUUUCAGCCAUCAUGCGACUGCCAGCCAGCUCAACAGCCUUCUUGUUGCCAGCAGGCUCAGGUACGCCUCAAAAUACCGAUUUAACAUUAAUUUGUCUGUUUUAAGCCAUCAUGUGAUUGUGCUCAGGCGGCCGCUCCAGUUUAUCAGAUUCAAGCUCAGGUAGGGAAGAAGAAAAUUUUCUGGACUUAUUGGAUGAUUAUAGCAAACUAUGCAAUGCGCUCCAGCUUGCCAGCCAGCCUGCCAGUCGUCUUGCACUGCCUCGUACAAUAACCAGAACCAGAUGACUCAGUACAGGUAGUUUCUGUGGCCUUUAUCUCAUUUCAAAUAGAAGUUUAGCACUGCCACGACCUCGUGCGACGCGCAACAGUGCGUUUGCCAGCGUGGCUACGUCAAGUGCGCCGAACAGACCUGCUGCCUCCGCUACCGUUACACACACCGUAAAGCUAAACGAUCGAUCGCCUAA